AUGGGUUUCGCCGCAAAGCUCGCUGCCGCUCAACAAAACCAGAACCAGACGAUGUCGUCGAAUCCAGGCAACUCCGGCACAUACGGCGGUGCUCCGCCCGCUGGAUAUACUGGAGGCCAUCCGCCUCCGCCUGCAGGUCUGCGACCUGGUGGAUACCAACAACCCUCGCAGUACCAGGCUUAUCCAGGUUCUCCUCCACCUGCCCAAGGAUCCUCGCCUUACCCCGGACAGCAACCGCCAUAUCCCGGACCACAGUCAGCCUAUCCUGGACAACAGCAGCAGCCUUCCUAUAACCAGCCACCUUAUCCUCCUCAAGGCGGCCCCGGCGGUCCUCCUCCUCAAGGUGCGCCUUACGGUGGUCAGGGACGCGCAGGCCCGUCACCUGGACCGCCUGGUGGGCAACAAUAUAACCAACCUGGUAAUCAGUAUGGACCUCCCGGUGGUGCCCCCGGACCCCAGGGUGGACCCGCAACACCCCAGCAGGUCGACGCGUAUCGUCGCCUGUUGGAAGAUACCAUCCGUGAAAAGCAGCUGCAGCGAUUCUAUCCUCCAGGCUCCAAGGCCCUGGAUGGGCUCGUUCAAUUCCUCGCCAAUGAAGCCCCCAGCCGGCUGCAGCGUAUUGUGCAUGAGCUGAAUGUGCCGAUGGAAGUAGCCACCGACCUGAUGAAGCUCGCCCUGUUUGAUGUCACUCUCUACGUGGAUGACAGUGGAUCUAUCGAGUUCGAAGAAAAAGGUCUGCGGAAGGAUCAGCUGCGACAGAUCCUGAGCAUAGUUGCGACCGUGGCAUCGACUUUCGACCAGGAUGGCAUUGAGGUGCGCUUCAUGAACUCCACGGAGGAAGGUCACGGAAUCCGGAACCCCAAUGAUGUGGAGAAUCUCGUCUCACGUGUGCGCUUCUCCGGUCUGACUCCUCUGGGAACAAGUCUGCGCCAGAAGGUCGUGGAUCCCCUGGUCAUUGGCCCCGUUCGUGCAGGCCGUCUUCAGAAGCCCGUGCUCAUCAUCACCAUCACGGAUGGUCAGCCUGCCGGCGAGGCGCCCGGCACAGUCCGUGAAACCAUCAGCUACGCCGUGCGCGAGGUUCAGCGGGCGCAGUAUGGCACCGGUGCCGUCUCCUUCCAGUUCUCGCAGGUCGGCAACGACAAUCGUGCGCGGGACUUCUUGUCCGAACUCGACGAGGACCCGGAGAUUGGACAGCUGAUUGACUGCACAUCGAACUUUGAGGUUGAGCAGGAUGAAAUGUCGCGAGCCAAUCCGCCCGUGCACUUGACUCGUGAGCUCUGGUGUGCCAAACUCAUGCUGGGCGCUAUUGACAGCUCCUACGACACCAAGGACGAGAAAGCCGCUCGGCGCCCCCGGGGCCGGCGGCCCUCCCCCAGGACCUCCCCAGGGUUCAUACGGUGGAGGUGGCUAUGGCCAAGCACCUCCUCCCCAGGGUGGCUACAAUGCACCCCCCCUCAGGCUAUACCCCCAGCUCGUACAAUCAGCAGCCCGGCUAUCCCUCACAGCAACAGCAGCAACAGCAGCAGCAGCAGCCUCCCUACCCGGGUGCCAACCGAGGCAAUGCCCCUGGAUAUGGUCAACCCCAGCCCUAUGGAUACGGUGCUCCACCACCCGGUGGACCAGGAGGUUAUCCACCCUCGGGAGGCUAUGGACAGCAGCAGCCGCCACCACCGCGCCGUUACUGAAAGGGCAGUCAGUAGUGGAUUGAUUUAA